GGGAAGGAGAGAGACGACGGAGCGGACUGACUGGCCACCGGAAGAGGUAUAAUUUUGCUUUGUUCUGUUUCCACCAUGGAGGAAGAACCCCAGGAAGAAUUCCUCUAUUGCAAUGGGGCUGCUACUCAGCUGUUAAAAUUGGGAUCCCUUGAUUGUUGGUCGAAUGACGAAUCAAAUACUUCCUCCAAGGUGUUAUUCCUGAUUAUCCCAGGGAAUCCAGGAAUUGUUUGUUACUAUAAAAUCUUCAUGAAAAUUUUACACAAGAUCCUGAUUCAGAAGUAUCCCAUCUGGGCCAUAAGCCACGCAGGCCAUUGUGUUCCUCCAGAAGGCAUGGAGAUGAUGGAAGAUAUCAAGCUGGAGGAUAUCUUUGGACUGAAUGGACAAAUAGCACAUAAAUUAGCUUUUCUCAGGAAAAAAGUGCCAAAGGAUAUCAAGCUUGUGCUGAUUGGCCAUUCUAUUGGCUGCCAUAUGAUACUUGAAAUGAUGAAACAAGAACCAGAAUUACAGGUUCUGAAAGCGAUAUUACUUUUUCCAACAAUUGAACGCAUGGCUGAGUCACCGCAAGGCAAGCUUAUGACACCAGUACUUCAGAAUCUUCGCUUCCUGAUAUAUGUUCCGAUCUACUUCCUUUCAUUUUUGCCAGAAAGUAUCAAGGCCUCAUUGGUGAAGUGGGCGCUGCAGGGUUUGCAACCACUAGAUGAAGCUACUGUCUCCGCUUCUCUUAAUCUCUUCAGUGUCGAUUGUGCAGCUAAUGCCAUGUAUAUGGGAAGCCAGGAAAUGGCGCAAGUUGUGCAAAGGGAUGAUUCCACUAUAAAACGCUUUUUGAAUAAGCUUAUCUUUUACUAUGGAUCAAAUGAUCACUGGUGCCCUGUUACAUAUUAUGAAGAUAUGAAGAGAAGCUUUCCUGAAGGAACUAUUCUCCUUUGCCAAAAGGGAAUUCGUCAUGCCUUUGUUUUGGAUGCCAAUGUAGAGAUGGCUCAAAUGGUUAUAGAGUGGUUAAGGACAGAUCUUGCACAUUUGUAAUAGGACAUAGUAUGUGUAUGAUGUGAAAUAUAAAUAUUUUUUCCUUAAAUAACGUGUUAAUACUCUUGGUAUUCCAAUGUGUUCUAGAACAGAACUAUGCCUAGAUUAUUUAAACAAAAUACAUUAAAUUUUAGACAUAUCUCCCAGGCAGACUUGGAAAAUUAUUUGCUUGAAUGAAUAAUUGGUAGCUAAAGCUUUCAAAAUAUUUGUGAUUGCAGUGUAAUUUUUAUAUCUAUGUAUAGCCCUGAGUAAGUAAAUCUGUUUUAUAUCAGGGUCAUUUUUACAGUCUAAUGAUUGUUAGCAUUCACUGUCAACUUGUAGUUCAUUAGGUUAGUUUUAUUUCUCAAUCAAAGGAACAUUUUAGGUUUGUAGAAAAGCAUAGAUGCAACUUUUCCAAGCUCUGCCAAACUCUGGCAAGGGAAACUAUUACAAUAUGCUUUAAGAUCAUUAUUCUGUAUUUGUCAAACUAUCAUCUAUCAAAUCUCAUCUAACUAGAAGCCUGUCAAGAACAAAUCAGUAAUUAAGAUAUUUCCAGAGUGGGAAGCACUGUGUAAUUGUAUCUGGAGUCUAUUAAAGGAACUAACAUUUGUCUCAAAUAAAAUACCCCACUUGUAAAGAUUCCAUCACCAACUUCUCCCAACCUCACCCUAUCACCACUGUCAGAACUUCAAUGAUUUGCCCCUUUCUCAUCCCCAGAAUAAAAACUCCUCUGUUUUCUUUCAUUUGGAGAACCUUUAUUGGCAACACCACCACCGUAAUGACAGCACUGAAGAGAAUGGGAACUCACUUUGAAUUUGUGCUGCCUUGCCACUUCACCAUGGGGAGCGGCACAGGCACAAAUUUACUUGUUAAUACAACUUGCAGCCUCCCUGCCACUUACCACUCUCCUUUGCUACAUUGCUCCCAUUUAUUGGUGGAAUAUAAGUUUCAAACGCCCAAAAUUGUAUACACUUAAAUUGAAAUGGGGUAAAUACAAUUUUCAUGUAUUUCUAUCUGUGCUUCAGUUGUAUGUUGAGAAAAUCUGUAAAGCCCCAGUGGCUCGUGUUAAAGUAACUAAGAUGUGUGCCUGUGGUUCCAAUGACGAAAGCCCUAGAAAGGUAACCACACCACAGCUGUGCAUAUAUUUAUCCACCAGUCAAAACUUUACAGCAAAUAGCUUGUAAGCAGCAUCUAUCUGUUACAGCAGCAGUCCCCUGAGACACCCUGCAACGAUUUUCUAGCCUCAAGUUAAUCUCGCACAACCCUCCAAAACAAAGCAGUGAAUCCAUUCAACUGUUCCAGAGUGGGUUCCACAGAAAUAGCAAAUCUGUGUCUUCUAAACGAUAAUUUCCUUCUCCAAGAUUUCUAAGGCAAGCUUGACUAACAAUUUUUACUGCAUUGCUAUUAUUUAGGGUUUCAAUUUUGCCUCCUAUAGGCCAAACAUUCCUUCCGAUCCACAUGAUGAGACCAUACCUGAAGUGCCUACAACCCCACUAUGCAACUUGGAGCUGGUUGCAGUGCAGGAGUGCAUUGCAUUUCCAGAGUGGGUUCCUGACAAUACGGCAAUCCCUUGACUCAGGCUGGUAAUGGACCCCUCCAUGCUCCUUGACGUUUCUUACAUUCCAUCAUUCAGCCCAGUUCCUCCAGCAUCAUAGUGUUUUUCAUCUAGAUUUUCCAGCAUCUGCAGUCCUUUGUUUCUCCAACACACCAGGUAUUUGGCGAUGCAUGCACAUCACCUUUUCCAUGUAUACUCAACGUAGUACACUGCAUCAGGUCCCUCUAGAGCAACACCGAUGCCCAAACUCUCCCUCUGGGAACUCGCAUACCAGCUUCGCUUUACAUCUGAAUUGACUGUAACCCACUGGUGACAGUGAUCUUUCAAUGUGAGGUGCUCCCCUCUGACCUGCUUCUUCUGUCCUCUGUACCAGGAUCUGAGGUGGUUCCUUUGCAGGGUCAAGGAGAGAAUAACAGAGUCUCUCCUCCCUCUUCUUCCCCAACUGGUGUUCCUGAGCCAGGUGGUGGGUGAAACUUAUGAGGGUGUUGUGUUGUGCUGAUCAAUGAGCUUCUUCUGAUAGCCUGCAAUGAUUAGGACUCAAAGUAGAGCAUUGUAAUGGUUAGUCUGAGGUACUAUUAAUGGGACUGUCCAGCACCCAAGCAGAUAUGUGCAGCCAUGAGAGGAAGAUAGGUAGUGAAUGGACCUAAGAUAUUUGAAUACAAGGAAGAUUCUGUGAGCAUCCUCAACUGCUUCAGGUACCCUGAAUACUGGCAAUGAUCAUCAGAAGAAAAACUUUCUUUUCCAGUCUUGUGAGGCUCUGAACAUGAAAGAGACUGUUCUUUCUUAAGAAAGGCUUCUAUUUCCUGCAAACUUAACUUGGAAAAAUUAUUUAAAGUGCCCUGUAUUUGUCUGUGAACACUCAACUUUGACUUGGUCAGGUCAUAGAAUUUCUUUGGGUAUUGCUCCCAAGUAUGGGGUGAGUGACUGCACGCAGUCAGUAUUUUGCCACUUCCUGCCAGCUCACCAUCAUGUUUGCCCAGGAUGUCUUCCUGGCAUCCUGGUGCAGAGAAUAUUCCUCCACUGCUCCUCCCCUCUCCACCAUGAUGUUCGUGAGGACCAAACCGCUGGAGAGGCACAUCCACCAGCGUUUUCUUGGAACAAAUCUUCAUUCUCCUGAAACAGAACUCUGUUGUUGGGCCAUCAGUUGGGGGUUUUAUAGUUCAGUCAAAUCAGGGUUCAUCAGACCAUUAUUGCUAGUUGUGAGCUCCACCACUUUGCCCUAAAAUGAGCAACAAAGAGUAGAAAGACAGCAAAAAAAAACUGAAUGCUAUUGCUUUCUGAAUGAGUUUCUCAAAUUAGUGCAAGUGUCAUACAAGAUAUAAUCGAACAAAAGUUUCAUUAUUAGCCUUUUCAUGUCAAGGCAGAACAUCACUGCCCUUACUGCACAACCCGUAUCCCCUAAUGAGCCCCACCUCAUUAUUCAUCCCUUCCAACAUAAGCUCCAUCCUCAAUCCAAAUAAAGCUUCUUUUCUGUUGGAUCAGCCUGUAUAUCACUACAUGUGGAUGCAAUCUCCUUGUUACUCAGUGAUCUGUGAGUCACUAGUUGUGUGUCCUUUUCUUCCUAAUCUUGCCCACCUCUCAUGUGUUCCUCCAGUGAGAAGUGACAGCAAGAUGAAUGGAUCCCAACUACCUCCAAUGGAAGUGAUUAGUCAGUUCCUAAUAAUCUGAGGAUAACACUUCAAGUGAUGGCAUCAUAUUUACUGAUGAAGAGAUUUUGUUUUCAAUAACUACUGCAAUCAUUGGAGUGAGGAGGCAUAGAUAUUGGAAUACGCUAUGCCCUUAGAGACAGGAGCGAUGACUGUCCGAAAUCAGUAUUUCUGCUUCACCACCGCCCUCUAAAAUUGCAUGUGGAAACUUUUAGAAGGGAAUAAAAUAAUUAGUUAAUCCAAAGGUCUGAAUUGAUGUAAGUUGAAGAUCCACAGCACCAGUCAAAAUAUUUGUGAGAGAUGUUAAGGCAUAGAGCCUAGACCAAGGCAUUCUCCACAAUAAAUGGAGAAGAGUUGCACCAUCCUCAGUUGCCUGCAGCUCAGCAUGGCAGAUACAAGCUAUUAUAUUCCUCCUUCCGGAAGCCAAAAUUGUAUAAGGUGUGUGGCACAGUUUUAAAUUACUCCAUGUAGUCCUGCUUUUGAACUACACCAGAACAUAUUAAGCUAAACCUAUAAAGUUCAAACUCCUUGGCACAAAAGUUGACAAAGCCCUUAUACUCAGACUCAUCUUUCUCAUAAUUCCAUCCACAUGUUUUUAACCUCUCUCAUGCUCAGUGCCUCAUCAAACAUUACCUCUGCCAACCUCUCGACCCCACCUGAAGUGGAUAUAUCCAUGCUGAUGCAUUCCAUUAUGUUUUCUUUAAUUACAUUUUUGUUAUAUAUGUUCAGCAAAAUGAUCUAUUAUUUGUUAUCCAUGCAUUCACCUUGUGUUGAACAUUUCUUUCCUCUUGCCAGAAUCUUAAAAUUAUAUUGAUUGUAAAAUAAAGAACUGCAUAGCAAAACAUUGUUGCUUAUUGAAAAUUAAAUUUUGUUGUAACCUUU